CUUAUUGGAAAACUCCAUACAAUGCGUGAUACCCUACGAAAUUGUCCCCAGCUCUGGACCGAACUCUCCCGGAAUUGUGGCGACAAACGAGCUCUCCUCGAUGAACACAUGUGUGACGACAAGGUUGAUGUUACGUUUGCGGAAAUGAAUACUAUCGUACGGAAAAGUGCGGCCGUCUUUCAGUCACUUGGUGUAAAACCAGGCGUCAACGUUGCCAUUUUGGGCGAAAAUUCGGCUCGUUGGCUCAUGGUCGACCACGGCAUCCAAAUGGCCGGGGGCGCGUCGGCUGUCCGCGGAGCCGACGCACCGCUGGACGAAUUACGGUAUAUUUACGAGCAAUCCGACUCAGCAGGGAUUGUGGUAGUACAGGGACCCAAACUGUUGGAAAAAUUGGCCAGCGAUGCAAGCGCGAAAGGAAUGCACCGGUUGGGUGAGGAGCUUACAAAGAUGGUAGACAAGUAUGGUCUCACCGUUCGGGUCUUUGCCGACUUGCUGGAGGAAGUGCAGCCGGUGACAGACGAACAAAUCCCAGUUUUGGGACGCGAUGAUUUGGCGACAAUAGUCUAUACCAGUGGGACGACUGGGCGACCCAAAGGUGUUAUGCUCACACACGGCAACUUGAUCCAUCAAAUUGGACACCGAGUUGGCACCGAAACGAGAUACGAUGAAUCGGAGCCCUUGCCGGACGAAACCAUGCUUUCGCUUCUUCCAGUCUGGCAUAUCACGGAGCGAUCGUUCGAAUUGUGGAUGCUGGCACGAGGAUGCAACGUGGUAUAUUCCUCUAUUCGGACCUUCAAAAAUGAUUUGGCCAAGCAUCGGCCAGAGUGGGCCGUGUUGGUACCGCGAGUUCUAGAAAAGAUUGCGACCGGAGUACAAGACAAGUUUUCUUCGGGAAGCUUGCCCGUAAAGCUUCUCUCCAAACUGUUCACCAGCACAAGCAAAGCAGCUGCCAAGCAUCGAAAAAUCACUCAGGGGUAUGUGGUUGGUGAACAACCCCCGGGAGCGAUGGAAAAGUUGGCUUCAAAAGCACUACUUGUGGCCUUGUCUCCUUUGAAUGCUGUCGGCAACAAAAUUGUUUGGAGCAAAGUACAGAAUGGCUUCGGCGGACGUAUGAGGACAAUCAUGUCUGGUGGUAGUGCACUGUCGGGAUCUUUGGAAGAAUUUUACGAAGCCGCUGGCCUAACUAUUAUUGUGGCUUAUGGACUGACGGAAUGUGCACCAUUGAUUUCGCAUCGACGGAGGGACGCCAACCUUGUCACGGGCGGAUGUGUCGGAACGGCUUGCAUCGAUACGGAACUCCGAGUGGUGAGCCCGGAAAGUAAGGCAUCAACUACUCCACGACCCGCCUUGCCGGCUGGCGAAGUGGGUGUGGUUAUUGCCCGGGGUCCGCAAAUAAUGAAAGGCUACUACAAAGAUGUGGCCGAAACCAAAAAAGCAAUCGAUCAAUUUGGAUUUUUCGAUACGGGUGAUCUUGGGCGAGUGAACCCAGCAACAGGUGACCUGAUUCUGACUGGUCGAGCCAAAGACACUAUUGUGCUUUCCAAUGGUGAGAACGUUGAACCCGGUCCGCUUGAAGACGCCAUUCUGGGUGAAUUGUCGCUGAUAGAGCAAGUGAUGUUGACGGGUCAAGACGGAAGAAAACUAACCGCGAUUGUCGUACUGAGCCCCUCAGAACUCGCGAACGAAGGAUUCUUGUCCAAGGAUGAAGGCGCCUUGAUGCAAAAACGGAACGAACAAGUGAACGACCCGAAAUCAACGAAACGGUUUCAAAAAUGGGAACAAGUAAAAGACGUGUAUGUUACGUUAGAACCGUUUGCCAUGGCGAACGGUCAACUUACACAAUCCUACAAGGUAAAGCGGCCUUUUGUGUUGGAGCGAUAUGAGGACGAGUUGUCGAAGUAA